AUGUCUGUCGAUGAUCCCAUGGUCCAUGCUCACGACAAUCCUAACUCUGGUGAUGACUCCGGGGAUGGCCCCGACCUCUCUCAAGAGGACGCUCGGUCCGAUACGUCCUCUGAAAUCACAGAGUUGCGUACAGAAGAAUUCCCCGACUACUUUCAGGAGCGGGGCAAUCGACUCUUCCAUUCUCAUGGUCGUUCUCCGUAUCCUCUACCUGUUGAUGCGCACGAGCAGGCUAGAUAUGAUGAGCAGCAUGUACUGCUCCAUAGGCUGAUCGGAGAACAUUUCGUAGGGCCCGUCGAAGAGGUUCUGCAGGCCUUACCUGGAGAAGAGCGUCAUGUGGUGGAUUUGGGCACUGGGACAGGAAAAUGGGUCAUGGAAAUGGCACAGAGGUUUCCGCAUGUGAGAUUUGAUGGCAUUGAUAUCGUUCCGAUCGCAACUCGUUACCCGGGUCCUAGAGUGCAGUUUGAGAUGCAAGAUCUCGGCGAGCGCUUCCGGUACCAGGACGGCACCAUUGACUUUGUUCAUGGUCGAAGCAUCUCCAUGGCAGUCGAGAACUAUCCUCGGCUUCUCCAGGAAGUCGCACGAGUCCUCCGUCCAGGUGGACUGUUCGUCGCCUGCGAGUGGGGGCGCAUGCCGGUGAAUCGCAUGAAUCCUGCGAUUCCUGCACCUGGUCUCUGUAAUUUCUUCGAUGCUGUACUACGCGCUCUGCAGAUGAGGGGAGGUGUGCACCCCACGGGCCCCCAGAUCCCUGGUUGGAUCCGCCAGUCGGGCAAAUUUGACCGACUUCAUGUGCAGCAGUUUGACGUUCCCAUCGGGGAAUGGACGUCAGACCCUGUAUUUCGAGAGGUGGGCAGGAAGUUCGCCGACACGUUGAAGACGUAUACGGAGUCGGUGAGAAUGCUGUUGAUCGACUACGGCAUUUCCGAGGUGAAUAUUCAGGUGCUGAUUGACGGGGCGUUGCGCGAGCUGGAUACAGUUCCCGGGAUGAUCUUCACGUAUCACACUGUGCACGCGCGCAGAACGCGUAGGAUGUAG